GCUGCUGUCGCGUCCAUCCCGGCGUGCCGACACCAUGCGCGGCGGGUGUCGCGGCGCACGCACUGUAUGGCGUUGAAAGAUGACGACAUAAGCGCAAACCCUUCGAUUAGCGAUGAGCGGCGCGGCUCGGGGAGACGCGCUCUGCUGGCUGGAACAGCAGCGGGCACCCUUGCGUUCGUCGAGUUGAACGGAAGCGGGAAAGGGACAUCCAUUCACAACCCGCAGUGGUCAUGCCGAUGCGGCGGGUGUGCCCUCGCGAUGGCUCCGAUCGUCGAUCUUGACCCCGGGCUCGUUUCGAAGUAUGAUCUUCCCCGCAGCGACAAGCAGGACUACCUCUUCGCGAAGGGGAUGGCGCAAGGUAUGACGGGAUACGAGAUGGCCGUGAAGUUACGUAAGCAGAGGCUCUUCGCGGAGGUUUUCGCGCGAUUACCCAAGGGAGUGGAGGCCACUGUGGUGGAGGUUGGACUCGGCACGUUCCCAAACGCGUCCUACUACUUUGACGGCGAGGUCAAGUCGGGUCCGUCGAGUUUAGACUUGGUUGGGGUGGACCCGAAUGAUGCGAUGGAGUCAUACGCGACAGCCAACCUGGCCAAGGCGAGGACAUCGGGUUCGAAGCUGGAUGCCAACCUCAGGAUCGUGCAUGGCGUGGCGGAGGCGCUACCGCUGCCUUCGAAGAGCGCGGACGCGGUUAUAUGCACUCUGACUCUGUGCAGCGUUGUCGAUCCGGAGCGGGCGGUGGCGGAGGUUCGACGAGUGCUCAAACCCGGCGCGCCGUUCAUGUUCAUCGAGCACGUGCUUAGCGAGGACGACCCCGACCUGGCGCAGCUGCAGUUGCGGUUUAAUGCCAUGCAGAUAGCGAUGGCAGAUGGAUGUCAUCUGGACAGGAAGACCCUCGACGUCAUUGAAAAGGCUGGCUUCUCCUCUGUGAGUGCUGAAAGGUUCUCCUUGCCAGGAUUCGGUUUGAUCUCGUCGCAGGUGGCGGGUAUCGCUGUGGCGUAAGAUAGGAGGUCGUAUUCGGACCGGUAGUGUAAUUCUAAAUUUAGCUAAAGACU